AUGGCGGCAGAGGCUGUGCGGGAGGCUGAGGCCCCGCGGGGCAGAGACGAGGCCGGCCCGGGGCAGGAGUUGGUCAUCGUGGUGGGGGAUAUCAUGGCGGUGGUGGUGGUCGUGGCCGUGGAAGAUGAAGUGCCGGCGCAAGCAGAGCAGGACGAGCGGCUGCAGGAGCUGCCGCAAGAAGAGCCAGUGCUGGGUCCCGAGUCGGCCGGGGCGCCACUUGCCGCGCUGGAGGUUGUUCAGUUAGCGCUCGCCUCUGUGGAUGCCCAAGCGACCAGGGCCCGCUUGCGGCUCGAGCGCAGGAUGAAUCAGAAGCGGAGUUCUCACCUGGCUCGACGGAGGGCCAUCAUCCAGUGCAUCCCUGGCUUCUGGGCCCAGGCCAUCCUGAAUCACCCCGAGAUAUCAGCCGUGUUGGGUGAGCAGGACAGAGACCUGCUCAGCUACAUGACCAAUUUGGAGGUGGAGGAACUGAGCCGUCCCAGGUACCGCUGCAGGUUGAUGUUUUUCUUUGGGAGCAACCCCUACUUCCAGAACAAAGUGAUCGUUAAGGAGUAUCACCUUAGCAUUGCCGGAUAUAGGGCAUUUCGUUCCACUCCAGUCCGGUGGUUCUGGGACUAUGAACGAGGAGCUGCCAGCCGCAGGCAUGACACCAGCAGCCUUAACUUCUUCAACUGGUUGUGUGACCCCAGCUACCCAGGGUCUAAGAGGAUCACUGAGGUGGUCAUCGAGGACCUGUGGCCCAAUCCCCUGCUUUACUACCCGAGGCAGGAAGGCAGCCGAAGGGAAUGA